UUACAGAAAGCAGAUGACACAAUGGCUGUAGAAGAGAGCUCAAUUAUCUCUGAUAAUUCCUUCCCCUCGGGGCCCUUUGUCCCCACCACCUUAUAGUAUCUCCUUUCAAAGCUCAUCAGCCAAGCCCUAAUUUUCAGCUUUUUUUCUCUUAACUAUUUCUUCAUCUUUGCGUAGGUAAAAAUUUCUUUCUUUUGGGAAAUUUUCUGAUUUCCUUUAUGGGUUUUGAUGUAUUGUUGUGAUCCUUCAACCCCUUUUCAUUUGAUGUGGUGUGGCACUUUCUGGAGGAUUCUAAUGCAAAAAAGAUUCAAUUUUUGAGUAGGAGGCAUGCACUGAAUUGUUAUGAUGCUAGCUGAAUUUUAUGGAUUUGUGGCAUUUUAAUAGAAGCAUGCAUUGAAUUGGUGGGUGCAAGUUAUCAAGGUUGCAGCAUAAAAAGGGGAAAGACUAAUGGGUGGCGUAUUGAGUCGGAGUAAUCACAAAUCUAAUGUGGGGGAGCUCAUUGAGGGUUCCCAAAGUGCAGCAUGCAAGAGACAAAGGACAUCAGAUAGCUUCUGGGAGCAUAGUCCACGAUUGAUUCCAAGUCUGCCCGAUGAGAUAUCUAUUCAAAUCCUCGCCAGACUUCCUAGAAUACACCACUUAAGUGCAAAAUUAGUUUCGCGGAGCUGGAAAGCUGCUGUGAUGAGCUCUGAACUUUAUAGGUGUAGAAAAGAACUUGGAACGACCGAAGAGUGGCUCUAUCUCUUGACAAAGACCGACGGUGAUAAGCUUUUGUGGUAUGCUUUUGAUCCAAUCUCCAUAAAGUGGCAAAGGUUGCCACCAAUGCCUGCAAUGGCAGUCAAUGAUGGACCUAAAAGUGGUUUAUCUGGACUUCGGGCGUGGAACGUGGUGGAUUCCAGUAUCAGAAUUGCUGAUGCCAUAAGGGGUUGGCUUGGUAGGAAAAAUGCUCUGGAUCAAGUUCCAUUUUGUGGUUGUGCUAUUGGAGCUGUUGACGGAUGCCUCUAUGCACUUGGGGGAUUCUUUAGAGCUGCGGCCAUGACAUCUGUUUGGCGGUAUGACCCUAUUGUAAACUCUUGGAAUGAAGUAAGUCCCAUGUCUAUUGCGAGAGCUUAUUGCAAGACAGGUGUCUUAAAUGGAAAGCUUUAUGUAGUAGGAGGUGUUACUCGGGAUCGUGGUGGACUUACUCCCCUUCAAUCUGCUGAAGUAUUUGAUCCUCAUACCGGUGUUUGGUCUGAAGUCCCAAGCAUGCCAUUUUCAAAAGCUCAGAUGCUACCCACUGCUUUUCUUGCUGAUCUACUCAAACCUAUAGCUACCGGGAUGACAUCUUAUCAGGGGAAACUAUAUGUUCCUCAAAGUUUGUAUUGCUGGCCUUUUUUUGUUGAUGUUGGAGGAGAGGUGUAUGAUCCCGAAACAAAUGCAUGGGUUGAAAUGCCAAUUGGCAUGGGAGAUGGCUGGCCUGCUAGGCAGGCAGGAACAAAGUUGAGUGUCACUGUUGAAGGAGAGCUGUAUGCAUUGGAUCCUUCUACUACUCUAGAUAGUGCUAGAAUAAAAGUUUAUGAUCAUCAAGAUGAUUCAUGGAAAGUGAUUGAAGGAGAUAUACCCAUUAACGACGAUUCAGAGUCUCCUUAUCUUCUUGCUGGUUUUCUUGGAAAGCUCCAUGUGAUUACUAAAGAUGCAAAUCACAAUAUCAUGGUCAUGCAAGCUGAUAGGCAGAAUCAUUUAGUUCCUUCUCCAUCAACCUCAUCAAAUAAAAUUGUACAUGAAGUUCCAGAACUGGUUUUAGGAUCUGAAGCGAAUAUGUGGAGAGUUAUUGCAUCGAGAAGUGGUGGAUCUGCAGAGCUGGUUAGCUGCCAGAUCCUUGAUGUAUAGUUAUGUCACGUAAGGUUGCGAUUCACCUUGUUUUGAUGUUGCCUUUCUGUAUUUUCCCUCAGUUAAUACAACCAGAUAGUUUUAUGAUGUACGUGAAGCUCAGUCUUGAGGAAACAGCAACACUGUAUAUUGCAGCCUCCAAACAUAUAUAUAUUUCCACAGAGAUAAUAUAAUUCGGCUAAAGUAUGUUGUA